CCUCAUCAGAUAUAGAAGAUUAUAAGAGAAAUCCCCGUUCGUGAAGGGACUAGUAAAUAAUUUAAUUUAACGAAAUAGAAAAACAAUGGGAAGGAUUCCUUGCUGUGAGAAGGAUAAUGUGAAGAGAGGACAGUGGACCCCCGAGGAGGACAACAAGCUCUCUUCCUACAUCGCACAACACGGCACCCGAAACUGGCGUCUCAUCCCCAAAAAUGCCGGCCUUCAGAGAUGUGGGAAGAGCUGCCGGCUACGAUGGACCAACUACCUCCGCCCGGAUCUCAAGCACGGCGUAUUCUCAGACUCCGAAGAGCAGACCAUCGUCAAGCUCCACUCCGUCGUCGGGAACAGGUGGUCGUUGAUAGCAGGGCAACUGCCAGGGCGAACAGAUAACGAUGUGAAGAACCACUGGAACACGAAGCUGAAGAAGAAGCUGUUGGGCAAGGGUAUCGACCCGGUGACCCACAAGCCCUUCUCCCAUCUCAUGGCCGAGAUUGCUACCACGGUUCCCCCGCUGCAAGUAGCCCACCUCGCUGAAGCUGCCCUCGGCUGCUUCAAGGACGAAAUGCUGCACCUCCUUACCAAGAAGCGGGCGGAUUUCCCUGCAAACGGUACUGAUGUCGGUGAUGGCACGGGCUUCCCCUAUGCAAUGAGCCCCGUGGAGGACAAGGAAGAGACUGUUCAGAAGAUCAAGCUAGGGCUCUCUCGAGCUAUCAUGCAGGAGCCUGGAACCGAUAAGAGCUGGGGCUUAAUGGAGAACGGAGAGCCAUCAGAUGGGCUUCCUGUUGUGUCAAUGUGCGAUGAUGAUUUGUAUCGAACGAUAGGGGAUGAGUUCAGGUACGAGGGACCAUCGUAUGCGAAUGGCGAGGGGUCAGCAUGGAGCCAGAGCAUGUGCACGGGUAGCACGUGCACUGGGGGCGGUGGAACACCAGACUGUCAUGUAUUGCACGAGAAACACAGUGACGACGAGGGGGUGGAGGCUGAAGGCAAGAGGAGGAAAAUCGAUGCUGGGCUUUUCGGCUCUGAUGGUGUUUUAUGGGAUUUGUCUGAUGACCUUAUGAUGAAUCACAUAGUUUGAUCAACUGAUCGGGGCGUAGAAUUAACUAAUAUAUCAAAAAGAAUCUAAAAAUAAUUAUCUCGUAAAAAGGUCGUAGCCUGUGAGAGAGUAAAUGAAAGCAAAUUGAGAAGCUUAUUUCUGUAAACUAUUGGUACAACAAAUAUAUAGAACUCUUUUUUUUUUC